GCGAUUAAUUCCUGUUUCAACUUGAGUUGUGCUGGCGAGGGUGGCUCGGAGAUGGAGUCUAGAAAGUCUAUUACAUUACGGUUCCUCUUAGCAGCUGUUGUGGUUUGUUUUGUUUUGCCUACUUUGUAUGUAAGGAACAGUGUUAUCCAUGCCGAUUUAUCGCAAUAUCCUACUACUUUCACCAGUAAAGUUCAGCGUUUGCCACGCAACGUCGCAAUGAGGUCAAGAAAURUUUCAUAUUCCGCAGAAGGCAAGCAACCAAAUACUAACUGUGUUGAACCGUCUAUCAAUGACUUUCCCAAUGACUUUAUGUCGCAACAUCUCCGCCGUCAAGGAGGAGUAGUUGUACAUAUUCUAAUUGYUCUGUACUUGUUCGGCGGGUUAGCCAUCGUUUGYGAUGAUUACUUUGUAGCAUCACUAGAACGAAUAUCCGAGGACUUAAACCUCAAGAAUGAUGUAGCUGGAGCAACAUUCAUGGCUGCAGGRAGUUCAGCACCGGAAUUCUUCACUUCCGUGAUUGGGGUAUUUAUCACUAAAGGAGAUAUUGGUCUAGGGACAAUAGUGGGCUCCGCUGUCUUCAACAUACUUUUUAUCGUUGCAAUAUGUGGUCUGUUUUCCGGUAGAGUACUCAAGCUUGGCUGGUGGCCAUUAACACGUGAUUGUGUGUUUUAUAUGCUGACCAUUGCAGCACUUGUUAUAGUCACCUAUGAUAAGAAAGUUCAAUGGUAUGAAGCGCUUGUUCUAGUACUAAUGUAUCUAAUUUAUGUACUGAUAAUGUACUUGAACACAAGACUGGARACUUUCUUCAUUGGCAUAUUCCAUCAUAAAGAUAAUGUAGCUACCAUAUCAAAUGAAGAAGAAAAUAAGUCCCUUAUYGAUAAUGAUGAUUUCAAGGACUCUACUCAGGCCACUGACCCAGGUGUAACUAGUCCUACAGAAGUUGAUGUKGUAUCAUUCAGCAGYGAASACAAUGAGUCUCCAUUCACUAAACCCACAGGCUUUGURAAUGCAYUGUCAUGGGUUACAUUUCUUCCCAUUUCUUUCUUGCUAUUUAUUACARUUCCCAAUUGUCGUAAUAAAAGAUGGAGAAGAUGGUACUUUUUGACAUUUGUUAUGUCAGUUGUAUGGAUCUCUGGCUUGUCUUAUUUACUGGUAUGGAUGGUUGAAAUUAUUGGAUAUACUCUAGAAAUUCCCGAUGUCAUUAUGGGUUUAACAUUUCUAGCAGCAGGCAGCAGUAUACCUGAUGGAAUAUCAAGCCUAUUGGUUGCUCGUCAAGGUGAAGGCGAUAUGGCAGUAUCCAACACAGUGGGCAGCAAUAUUUUUGAUAUUCUUCUGUGUUUAGGAGUUCCUUGGUUACUUAAGACAACAGUUGUKAACUUCAACAGYACAGUUACAGUAGUAAGUGGCAGCAUYCUCUACACMUCUCUAUCACUAUUUGGAACUGUUGUAGCUACUGUUUUCCUAUUUGGUCUAAAUGAAUGGCGUCUUAACAAAUGCCUUGGUGGAGUAUUUCUGCUGCUAUAYCUUGCCUUUAUAUCAGUUGCCACACUGUUUGAACUGAAUAUCUUUGGGGAUUUUAACCUUCCUGUAUGCAAGGGCUAAAACUUUUAUAUUUUCCUACAAUAUAGCAGUCAAGUUGAUGAGAUUAUAUUUCAAUAGCACUUUAAUACCAAGGUGUUUUUGAAUGAUAGUAAAAAUCAUUGGAUACAUUGCUAUCCAGGCUUGAAGUCAAACAUAUGAAAAUUACUAGACUAUUGUCAAAGACAUUUAUUAGAUUUAUAGGUUUAUAUAAUACUAUAUCAUACUACAUAUUACAUAUUAAAGAUCACUACUGUAGUACAGAUCCAUGCAUCAUCUCGAAAAGAAGAAUUUAACAAAAACAAAAAUAUUCUAGAAAUUAAUAUUGUUUAAUUGUCAAUUGAGUGGGUGUCUUUUUUUUUAAAAAAAGUGUUUUUAAGUUCUGGUAUAUCUAUUGUACUAAGCUAACUCAAUAUCUUUGCUAGUAAAUACUAUCAAUUAAAAAGUACACUGUC